AAGUGUUAUUGUAAUGAGCUGUUCGCGCAACUAGAGCAUAGGGAAGGUAUUUAACAUGACUCAUAUCAUUGAAACCUUCGCGUUUCUCUAUAAAGUGUUUGAGUGGGUGGGUCUGAUAUUAUCAUAGCAGCUACCAUUAGCAUGCUAAGCUAAUCAACGUUAUUCACUCAGCUGUGCUUGAUUUAAAGUGCGCUUUUCGACCAUACUGAGACUCUCUUUCACUUUCACUUUCCUGGAAGUGUUCUUGUUACAGCUUGCUUUAACGCUGCACGGUUAGGUGGGGAAGUACCAUCCUCCCCCUUUUCCAGGAUGCUCCUCGUUGUCCUGGCAUGCAGCCUGUCUCUGGCUGCCACAGGGCAGGGAGAGGACGCAGACUGGAUAGACCCUUAUGAUAUGCUCAACUACGAUGCAAGCACCAAAACCAUGAGGAAGCCUGCAGAGCCAGAACAGUAUGCCAAAGUCCCAACCAAGAGAAGAGAGUAUAAUCAGGACUCCAGCAAAGUGGACCUGACGCCUUGUGACUCACAUGUAGUGGAUCUACAGGGACAGAUUGAAGAACUAAAGAAGAAUAUCAAGCUCAUCUCACAGCAGCCUACAUGCAAUCCAGUGUUCAAACGAUUCCUCACCAGACUCCGGAAGGAAAUCCAAAGAGUUGGUUUGCCCAGUGACUCCUCGGAUGUCUUCUAUGAUGCCAAAAUCAAACUCUCCACACAAGCCAUGGCGGAGAUUCAGACACUUCUGGAGGGUGAAGACAGUUGGAGAACAGGGGCUCUAGACAAUGCCAUCAGUCAGAUACUGGUGGAUCUCAGACCACAUGACUAUGAGGCCUGGAAGUGGCGUUUUGAAGACACCUUUGGCAUGGAGCUGGACACACUAUUAAAAAUGGGACUGGGUGUUCUGGUCAUAGUGGCCAUCAUAUGCACUGAGCUGUGGUCAACGGUGUCAUGGUUCGUGCAGUUCAGGAGACUGUUUGCUGUCUGCUUCUUCGUCAGUAUUAUCUGGAACUGGCUAUAUCUGUACAAGAUUGCCUUUGCUGAGCACCAAAGCAAGAUGGCAAAGAUGGAUGGUGUCUUUGAAAAAUGCACCGGAGUGAAGAAAAUUGACUGGAGUGAUAGCUUGAAAGAGUGGUUCAGAAGCACCUGGACUCUUCAAGAUGACCCUUGCAGGAAAUACUACGAAGCCAUCGUGGUCAACCCCAUUCUGCUGGUUCCUCCAACCAAGGCGAUUGCAGUUACCAUCACAACCUUCAUCACAGAGCCGCUCAAGCACGUUGGACAGGGGAUCAGUGAGUUUCUUGUUGCACUCCUCAAAGAUCUACCAAUUACCCUGCAGAUCCCAGUACUCUUCACCAUCGUGUUCGCUAUUGUGGUAUGCAUGUAUGGAAGUGUGCAGGCAGCCUUCCGGCAUGGCAUCGCUGCGCCUUUUCGUCGCCCUCGAGGGGAUCCACCUCCUCCACAGCUGGAGCAACGGCAGCCUGGCGUCCAGGAGAUCCAGGGCGGUGACAACUUAGCAGGAGGCGACGCACCGCAACAGGCCCCGAUACAACGAGCCAUUGAAGGCCAACCAAACAGGAACCAGGUUCGUCAGAGGCAGCCCAACCGACGCAGGGAAGAGGUGGAGGUGGAGUCAGUAGGCACUGCCGAGCCUCUUUACAGUGAGGACGAGACGGAUGCUGGGCUGCGGGAGGCGGGGCGGGAUCUCUCCGCUGAGUCAGAUUCCGAAAACCUGCUUGAGACACAAGAGGAGCCAGAAGGAGAGGGUGCUGGCGGUGUUGCUGCUAACACAACCAAAUCAAAAACUAAACCCACUGAAUCAGAUUCAUCGCCUUCAAAGAGUAAACCGCUGAAAGUGAAUGAAAAGCCUUCUCAACAUAAACUCAGCAGAGACCGUGCAGCACCUCAAUCUCCGCCAUCAGAGAGGCGGCCUCCACCAGCUGAUGUUAAGGAUGUGCUCCCCUCAGCUGAAGACCUCACCUCUGUCUCACUGCCAUCUAUCGAAACAGUUGGAGUUCCUGUUCAGGAGACAUCAGCGGAGUAGGCAGCCUCAACAUCAGUCAAAGAUGGACGAUAAACGUUGUCAGUGUUUGGUGCCUCUUGCUGGAUUGCUGAAGCGAUGAUGCCAAGGAGAGCUGAUGUCCCCGACUGACUUUUUAGAAAUGUGCAUGUACAUGAACAUUUUGAAGUUCGAAGUAACUUGCUGUGCGGUCAAUUCUUCUACUUUUCCUGAACAGAGUCACCAAUGAUUGGUCAAUCUGUAUAUUUUUUCAUGAUGAUUUCAGCUAAACUGUAUUUUCUCAGUUUGAAAGAGGAAAAAGUUAAAUAAAUCGCAGAGCAGCCAGAUUAAAACAGGUAUAAGGGAAACAGGAAAUCAAUAUGCUGAUAACAGCACUACUUAAGCUGGUGUUGUGGUUUGUCUUAUCCAGUGGCAGAAAUCAUGCUUUUACAAACUUUGCUAUUUUCAAUCUUAUGAUGGCCACUUAUUUGUUAUAAUUAUAAUAAACAAAUAAUGUUUAAAUUUUGAAGUUGAAAUAUGUUUGUAUUUAGUCAUUCAAAAAGGAUAACAAUCUCCUGAUGUUUUUUUAAUACGUUAUUUUUGUGAUUAUUAACUGCUUCUUCAUAGAGGGCUUGAAAAAGUCACUUUUGCUGAACAGCAGUGCUACUUCCUUUCAUUUUGUGUUGGACAAGUCAAACUGCUUAUGCAAAAUAUAACGGGAUUGCUGUCAUGGUUAGGCACAAUGGAGGAAGUUGUAAUUGGUGAAUUUCCUAAAUUCAUA